UUUAAUAUGGCGGAAGCAUUGACCGCCGUUCGGACGUCUGAUUUUUUGUCAAGAUUUUCGAUAUUUGUCGCUACUAUUUCUUUGACGAAAACAUAAUUUUAAUCAUAUUAUUUAGUUGUGCUUGUGAAACAUUGUAGUGUUAAAUACAUUGUGCACCUGAAGAUCGCUGAAUCAGCGAUAAAAAUGUCUAAACGUGGGGGUUACGGGGAUGAUGAGGACAGCCCGCCCACCCCGUCCGACGAUGACUCCGACUUUGAUGAUGACGUGGAUCCGGACAAUUUGGAGGUGCCAGGUGGCGGCAAGACGCUGGCGGCGGCCGCUCGUCUCGGCGGCGAGAAGGGGAAGCCCCUCGCCACGCCCACGGUCACGGUCAAGCCUACCACCAACCCGUUAGCUGCUGCAAGUGGAAUGGCGUUCGGACAAGUGGCCAAUGCAAUGAAGCCCAUCAAAAUAUCUGCUAGCGCGCUCAAACCUCUGCCGCUGGGGAUAAACCGCGGGGCAGUUGGCGUGCCGGCGGGCGCUCCGCCCUUCCCCGGGGGCUCGGCCGCCUUCAACGCCGCGUCGCUGCUGGCGCAGAUGGAGAUGGUGGGCAUGCCGGGCAUGAACCCGUACCUGCUGCAGAACCUGAACCAGAUCCUGUCGUCGGGCAUGGGCGGGCCGCUCGCCGGCAUGCUGGGCCAGCUGGCGCAGCUGCCGCCCUGGGGGCAGCACAAGGGCCUCGUGUGGCCCGGGGAGAAGAUGGCAGGCGACGAGGAAGAAGUGGACGACGAAGAAAUGGGGGUGGCGGAGACGUACGCCGAUUAUAUGCCGCUCAAAUUGAAACUUGGCCGCAAACACCCCGACCCGGUGGUGGAAACGGCGUCGCUCUCAUCCGUGGAGCCGGUGGAUGUGUCGUACAAGCUCAGCUUGCCCGACGAGACGAUACGCAGCGGGCAACUGUCUGCGCUCCAGCUGGAAGCUAUAGUGUACGCUUCGCAGGCGCACGAGCACACGCUGCCUGAUGGAUCCAGAGCUGGUUUCCUCAUAGGCGACGGCGCCGGAGUGGGCAAAGGCCGCACGAUCGCGGGCAUCAUCUUCGAGAACUACCUGAAGGGGCGCAAGCGCGCCGUGUGGGUCUCCGUCUCCAACGACCUCAAGUACGACGCCGAGAGGGACCUCCGGGACAUUGGUGCUUCUAACAUUGAAGUGUACCCUCUCAAUAAGUUCAAAUACGCCAAGAUCUCAUCAUCGGUGAACGGCAACGUGAAGAAGGGCGUGGUGUUCACCACGUACUCGGCGCUGAUAGGGGAGACCCAGUCCUCGGCCACCAAGUACAAGACGAGGCUGAAGCAGCUGCUACAGUGGUGCGGCGAAGACUUCGACGGAUGUAUCGUGUUCGACGAGUGCCACAAGGCCAAGAACCUGUGCCCGGUGGGGUCGGGCAAGGCCACGAAGACGGGGCUGACGGCGCUGGAGCUGCAGACGCGGCUGCGGCGCGCGCGCGUGGUGUACGCGUCCGCCACGGGCGCGUCCGAGCCGCGCAACAUGGCCUACAUGGUGCGCCUGGGCAUCUGGGGCGACGGCACGCCCUUCCCCACCUUCAUGGACUUCAUCAACGCCGUCGAGAAGAGGGGCGUGGGUGCCAUGGAGAUCGUGGCCAUGGACAUGAAGCUGCGGGGCAUGUACAUCGCGAGGCAGCUCUCCUUCCACGGGGUCUCCUUCAAAAUAGAGGAAGUUCCUCUAUCAGACUCUUUCAAGAAGACGUACGACGAAUCUGUGGCUCUGUGGGUGGAGGCCAUGCAGCGGUUCACGGAAGCGGCCGAGCUGGUGAAGGCCGAGCCCAGGUUGAAGAAAACCAUGUGGGGACAGUUCUGGUCGGCGCACCAGAGGUUCUUCAAGUACCUCUGCAUAGCGGCCAAGGUGAACCACGCCGUGGUGACGGCGCGCGAGGCGGUGAAGUGCGGCAAGUGCGUGGUGAUCGGGCUGCAGUCCACGGGCGAGGCGCGCACGCUGGACCAGCUGGAGCGCGACGACGGCGAGCUCUCCGACUUCGUGUCCACCGCCAAGGGCGUGUUCCAAACGCUAAUUGAGAAACACUUCCCGGCUCCCGACAGGAACCGAAUAUACCGUCUGCUGGGCCUCGAACCCAACACGCCGAAGCCGAAGCCCGCCGCGCCCGCCCCCUACGCCAACGGGAACAGUAAGGAUGAUGGGAACUCGUCGAAGAGGAAGUUGACAGCUCGACAGCAAGUGAACUUCGCGGCCAAACGCGCCCGCGGCGGCUCGUCGUCGGACGAGUUCGUCCGCGGGUCGGACGACGAGUUGGAGCAGGAGUCGGACGGCGAGCGCGAGUUGGAGCAGGAGUCGGACGGCGAGCGGGCGCACUCGGACUCCGACCUGUCCGACUUCAACCCGUUCAGGGCGGGCAGCGACAGUGACGACGAACCAUGGGCGCGCAAGAAGAAGGUGGCCAAGAAGAAGAAGAAGGUUGCCCCACCAAAGAAGAAGCCGUCCUCCACCCAGGACAAGAUCGAGACGAUGCUGGAGCGGAAGAGCGCCGCGCCCGCGCCGGUCACCGUGACCACGCCCGCCGGGGAGCUCACCGGGACGCCCGUGGGCACCAACGGGAUCUACCUGGGUCCAACCCGCAACCAGCACCCACCUAUUUCAGCCUUCGAGCGUGCAUGUUGCAUGAAGGAUGAGUUGCUGAUGAAAAUCGAGCGACUUGGCAAGCGAUUACCUCCCAAUACACUUGAUCAGUUGGUCGACGAGUUGGGGGGCACGGAAAAUGUAGCUGAAAUGACAGGCCGCAAAGGGCGCGUGGUGCAAACAGAAGAUGGUCAGAUACUAUACGAGAGCCGCUCCGAGGCCGACGUGCCCCUGGAGACCCUGAACCUGACGGAGAAGCAGCGGUUCAUGGACGGCGAGAAGGAUGUCGCCAUCAUCUCGGAGGCGGCCUCCAGCGGCAUUUCCCUGCAGAGCGACAGGAGGGCUCGCAACCAGCGGCGGCGCGUGCACAUAACGCUGGAGCUGCCGUGGUCGGCGGACCGCGCCGUGCAGCAGUUCGGCCGCACGCACCGCAGCAACCAGGUCAACGCGCCCGAGUACAUCUUCCUCAUCUCCGACCUGGCCGGCGAGAGGCGGUUCGCCUCGACGGUGGCUAAGAGGUUAGAAUCCCUCGGAGCGCUGACUCACGGCGACAGACGAGCCACAGAAACUAGGGAUCUCAGUCAGUUCAAUAUUGACAACAAACACGGUCGCACGGCGCUGGAGACGGUGAUGAAGGCGAUAAUGAAGUACGAGUCGCCGCUGGUGCCGCCGCCGCGGGACUACCGCGGGGACUUCUUCCAGGACGUGGCGUCCGCGCUGGUGGGCGUCGGGCUCAUCGUGAACAGCGAGGCCGCGCCCGGGGUCCUCUCGCUGGACAAGGAUUACAACAACAUGUCCAAAUUCCUGAACAGGAUUUUGGGCAUGCCGGUGGAGCUGCAAAACAGACUGUUCAAAUACUUUACGGAUACACUUACUGCGGUCAUGGAGCAAGCCAAGCGCAGCGGGCGCUUCGACCUGGGCAUCCUGGACCUGGGCAGCGCGGGCGAGUGCGUGCGGCGCGUGCGCUGCGUGCGCUUCCUGCGGCGGCACGCCACCGGCCAGGCGCCCGUCGAGCUGCACACCGUGCACUCCGAGCGCGGCAUGGAGUGGGCCGAGGCGCUGGAGAAGCUGUCGCAGCACGGCGCGGCGCUGGCCGGGUUCUACCUGUCGCAGCAGCCGCGCAACGGCAAGCACACGGCCGCGCUGUGCGUGGCUGCGCCCGCGCCGCCCGGCAAGCACGACAAGCUGGCCAAGAAGGACCAGAUGUUCCAGAUUUACAGACCAAACACAGGACUGCAGCUCAGGCUGGAGUCGCUGGCGGAGAUCGAGAAGAAGUACAAGCGAGUGGACGGCGUGGAGGCGGAGGCGGCGUGGCGCGCGCAGCACGAGGCCAGCGUGCGCGUGUGCUCGCACGCCUACUGGCGCGGCGCGUGCCGGACCAGCGACUGCGAGGUGGGGCUGCGCCGGCGCACGUACCACGUGCUGUCGGGCUCCGUGCUGGCCGUGUGGGCGCGCGCGGAGGCCGUGCUGGCGGCGCGCAACCAGCACCACAGGAUGCAGGUCGUGCGCAUCAAGACGGAGCUGGGCCGCAAGAUCGUCGGCACAAUGAUUCCAAAGAACUGCGUGGAGCCGCUCAAAGAGGCCCUGGCUUCGGACGCGGUGUCCGUCACCGAACUGGGGCCCGACGAGGAGGGGCUCAAGUGAAACCCCACCCCACCCCCACAACCACAACCCCAACCAUAGUUCCUCUGUCUAUUUGUUUGCUAGCGGGGACGCGUGUGGCGAGAAGCUCGCAACUUCUCUAGAAGGUUCCAACCUUCUUGGACGAUAGUCAAUUAUCGAACGGCACGACUGAUUUUUUUUUUAGUAGCCUGACAAACUAAUUGCCUAUACAAAAUUUGUUAGUGGCCAGUACUAUAAUUGCGGACCAGCGAAAAAAAAGUGGUUUUUUUUUGUGUCGGGCUGCAAAGAAAAGGCCGGUUUGGAGACUCGUAAUGUUUUUAAGUCUACUCAACGUGAUCUAUGUUUGCAUAGGAUGAUUUUAAGUGCUUUAUUGUUUUAACUCUAUUUAUCUAUUAUUUAGCUACUAUUAGUCAACGAUUAUUAUUAUUUUUUUGUUGAAAUGACAAUUCUCGAUGGGAUUAUACACUGCGUUUAGUUUUUAUUCUGAAAUUAAAAACUUUUAUAUUUGUUCAAUUAUGCACAAUGAAUGUAUGCCAAAUCAUGUUUAGACUUUAAAAUGAAGCAGUGUAUACUCCCCAUUAGGCUUUUUAAAUAGCAAGUUAAGGCUCGUACGUAAUAUUCUUAUAAGUAGGAUGUUGUAUACGAAUUAAUCGAAUUUUGAUUUUUGUACAAAUGUUUUUAUUUAAAUAUCCAAUUUCGUGAUAAUUUUGCCGAAUAGGAAUUAAGCUGUCAAGCGGCCAUCUUGGCAUGUUGUACCAUAGAUAAGGUAUUCGCCAGAGACAUCCAAGAUGGCGGUUUGAAAAGCUUACAUUGUUAGUAGAUUUGUUUUAAUGUUUGUUUCAAUUCCCCACGAAUUCCAAGCAAGUGUAACAUAAUUUAUAGUUAGUAAUGGUAUUAUAAAUGUGUAUCAAUAAAAAAAUCUAUUUAUAUCGACUUACGAAACACUUUUUCGGGUCGACAUUCUUAAAAAUGUUGCCAUAAAAGAUAAUUGUGGUAACGACUACAACAUAUUUUCUGGAGCACUUUACGCUCAACUUUAAAAACGAACGUACUUUCCGUUUACUUUAAAAUCGUUCAUUUAACUUAAUAAUAAUUUUCUGAUACGAAAAAAAUAACUGAAAAAUGAAAACGAAACACAACAUUCAAGUACCUACUGUAUUAGUAGUGCAAUUAUUUGUUAUGGCAAUCAUUGAUGUUUAACGACCCCGGGCAAUGAUAAAGCGUGCAAUAGGUCCUGUGUUCAUCUAAGGCACUGCAUUGGGCCGUAGGAAGUGUUUCUGCGCACGUUUAUAAAGUUGUAACACUAAUAAUAUUAAAACAAUAUUCAAUGUCAUGUGCAGAACACUUUGCACGUUUGUGACAAAUAAAUCUCAAUAGGGGUGGACGCGAUUUUAUUUUUUCCACAUAAAAGCCUUUUUAGAAAUUCAAGGUGAAUUUUAGUGGAAAGGUUCAUGUGUGAGUAGUCUAUCUAUAUUAUAUUGUUCACCAAUUUUAACACAAAAGUUCCUAGGAAUUAGCUUUACAAAUCAACAGACAUUCAAUGCCUUGGGUGCACACAGUGCCUUUAAUUAAAAUCUAUAUUGUUUUACUAAAGAAACGAUAGUUAAUAAUGUUCUCCGUAGGGCAGUAAAAUGAUAAAUUAUAUUGGAAAAUGAAAUAGCGAACGGGUUACACAUCUCUUGUUGCUCUGGUCUAUAUGUCUUUAGUUAGUGUAUAAAGACGAAAUAAAUGUAUAUAAUAAUGA